UCUCACGUGCCUAGCAGAAUUACAGAAGAGCGACGCAACCACCGGAGCUAACCAUGGCGGCAGCUAACGGCAUGAAAAUAGCCACAACAUCCCAAGCAUACCUAGAAGGCUCUCACGUUAAACAAACCAAAUCACUCAUUGCUGAGCUAUGCCGUCAGUUUUACAACCUAGGGUGGGUCUCCGGCACCGGCGGAAGCAUCACUGUCAAAGUUCACGACGAUUCCGUUUGCAAAUCCGACCAAUUAAUCGUCAUGUCCCCCUCCGGUGUGCAAAAGGAAAGAAUGGUAGAAGACGACAUGUAUGUGUUAUCUCCAAGUGGAUCUAUCCUCUUUUCCCCAUUGCCAAAGCCUUACCCUCACAAACCUCCCAAAUGUUCGGAUUGUGCCCCUCUUUUCAUGAAGGCUUACGAUAGGCGUAAUGCCGGUGCAGUUAUCCAUAGUCAUGGAAUGGAAUCUUGUCUCGUGACGAUGAUUGAUCCUCUGGCAAGAGAGUUUCGGGUCACUCACAUGGAAAUGAUAAAAGGAAUUCAAGGGCAUGGCUAUUAUGAUGAGCUUGUGGUUCCCAUAAUCGAAAACACUGCCCAUGAGAGAGAGUUGACAGAAUCGCUUGCUGCAGCUAUUGAAGCAUACCCAAAAACAACCGCUGUGCUGGUGCGGAACCAUGGUAUUUAUAUAUGGGGUGAUUCCUGGGUCAGUGCCAAAACUCAGGCAGAAUGCUACCACUAUCUCUUUGAUGCCGCGAUCAAACUUCACCAAUUGGGCCUGGACUGGUCGACUCCUAGUCAUGGUCCCAUCCAAAAUUCCAAAGGAGUUUUGGGUCGUCGCACUACAAACACAUCUCCUAAGGCAGGGAAGCUUACGUUAAGUAAUGAGGCUGGCACGACCCCGCGAUGUGUCGUUUUGGACAUUGAGGGGACAACUACGCCUAUUUCAUUUGUCACUGAUGUUCUUUUUCCAUAUGCCCGCAACAAUGUGCGCAUGCAUUUGGAGGAAACAUAUGAUACUGUUGAUACUCAAGAUGAUAUCAAGUUGUUACGCUCUCAAGUAGAAGAUGAUUUACAACAGGGAGUUGUUGGUGCUGUUCCUAUUCCAUCUGAUGAUGCAGGAAAAGAGGAGGUGAUAGCUUCUUUGGUUGCUAAUGUUGAAGGAAUGAUAAAAGCCGACAGGAAGAUUACUUCGUUAAAACAGUUACAAGGGCACAUUUGGCGUACGGGAUUUGAGAAAAAUGAACUAAAAGGAGUUGUUUUUGAUGAUGUUCCUAAAGCUCUUGAAAAAUGGCAUGCCUCUGGUGUAAAGGUGUACAUUUAUUCGAGUGGUAGCAGAUUGGCACAACGACUGUUAUUCGGAUAUACAAAUUACGGUGACUUGAGAAAAUACUUGUGUGGAUUUUUUGACACCUCAGUGGGGAACAAGAAAGAAGCAAAGAGUUAUGUCGAAAUCUCGGAGUCUCUCGGAGUCGACAAGCCAUCAGAGAUUCUAUUCGUAACCGAUGUCUUUCAAGAAGCUGUAGCGGCAAAGGCAGCUGGUUUGGAAGUGACAAUCUCCUUGAGGCCCGGAAACGGACCGCUGCCAGAUAAUCACGGAUUUACGACGGUCAAAUCUUUUACAGAAAUACCCUUUUGAAGGUUUUUGUGUGGCUUGGCUUGGCUUGGCAUGUAAGGUAAGCUAUAUUGCUAUAACGUAUGGUGUCGUGUUAGAUUUCCCAAGAAAACAGGGUCUAGAAUCACCAUUAGGGUAUAAAUACAACAUUUGGUUUGUCAACUAUCAUUUACUUACUGGCUAAUAUUUUAACACUAUCAUUUACUUGUCC